CCCGGGUUCCACUUUCGCUUUCGGUCCCGGGCCGCCUUGCAGACCGAGGCCGCACUAGGGUGAGCGGCAAGACCCCAACGACCCCAGUUUGAGCAAGAAGAUGACUUCUCUGCUCUCCAGAAGUCCCCUGGCAACUAUGGCGUUUUUACAUUCUAUGCUAUUGAUUCUCUUAACUGUGGCAAAGCCUUCCUGGUGUGAGAGCAGUGAAACUACAUUUCCAAAAGCUAGUGAUGGGACACCAUUUCCGUGGAGUAAGAUGCGACUUCCCGAGCACGUCAUCCCUGCUCAUUACGAUCUCAUGAUCCAUGCAAAUCUCACCACUCUGACUUUUGGGGGCACCACGCAAGUGGAAAUCACAACCAGUCAGCCCACUAGUGCCAUCAUCCUGCACAGUCACCGCCUGCAGAUAUCAAAAGCCACCCUCAGAAGAGGCCCUGGAGAAGGGCAGCCUGAAAAACCGCUGAGAGUUCUGGAAUACCCGCUUCAGGAGCAAAUUGCACUUCUGUCUCCAGAACCUCUGGUUGCCGGGCUCCCUUACACCGUGACCAUUGACUAUGCUGGCAACCUUUCUGAGACCUUCCAUGGGUUUUAUAAAAGCACCUACAGAACAAAAGAAGGGGAAGUGAGGGUACUUGCAUCAACACAGUUUGAACCUACUGCAGCCAGAAUGGCCUUUCCCUGCUUCGAUGAACCUGCCUUCAAAGCAAGUUUUUCAGUCAAGAUCAGAAGGGAGCCAAGGCACCUGGCCAUCUCCAAUAUGCCAUUGGUUAAAUCUGUGACGAUUGCUGAAGGACUCAUAGAGGACCACUUUGAUGUCACCGUGAAGAUGAGCACCUACCUGGUGGCCUUCAUUAUUUCAGAUUUCAAGUCUGUCAGCAAGAUGACCAAGAGAGGAGUCAAGGUUUCCAUAUAUGCUGUGCCAGAAAAGAUAACUCAGGCAGAUUAUGCACUGGAUGCAGCAGUGACUCUUCUUGAAUUUUAUGAGGAUUAUUUCAGCAUUCCAUACCCACUACCCAAACAAGAUCUUGCUGCUAUUCCUGACUUCCAGUCUGGUGCUAUGGAAAACUGGGGACUGACAACCUAUCGGGAAUCUGCUUUAUUGUUUGAUACUGAGAAGUCUUCUGCCUCCAGUAAACUUGGCAUCACCAUGACAGUGUCCCAUGAGCUCGCCCACCAGUGGUUUGGGAACCUGGUCACUAUGGAGUGGUGGAAUGAUCUUUGGCUCAAUGAGGGUUUUGCCAAGUUUAUGGAGUUUGUGUCUGUCCGUGUGACUCAUCCAGAACUGAAAGUUGAAGAUUAUUUUUUUGGCAAAUGCUUUAAUGCAAUGGAGGUGGAUGCAUUACAUUCCUCACACCCUGUGUCCACACCAGUGGAGAAUGCUGCUCAGAUUCGGGAGAUGUUUGAUGAGGUUUCUUAUGAAAAGGGAGCUUGUAUUCUGAAUAUGCUAAGGGACUAUCUCGGUGCUGAUGCUUUUAAAAGUGGCAUUGUACAGUAUCUGAAGAAGUAUAGCUAUAAAAACACAAAAAAUGAGGACCUGUGGAAUAGCAUGGCGACUAUUUGCCCUUCAGAUGGCACACAAGGGAUGGAAGGCUUUUGCUCUAGAGAUCAACACUCCUCUUCAACCUCACACUGGCAACAGGAAGGCCUUGAUGUGAAAACCAUGAUGAAUACCUGGACACUGCAGAAAGGUUUUCCCCUGAUAACCAUCACCGUGAGAGGAAAGAACGUGCACAUGAGGCAACAGUACUACAUGAAGGGGGCUGACGACACAUCAGAGACCGGGUACCUGUGGCAUGUUCCAUUAACAUACAUAACCAGCAAGUCAGACUCAGUCCAAAGAUUUUUGCUGAAGACAAAAACAGAUGUGCUCAUCCUCCCAGAAGAGGUGGAAUGGAUCAAAUUUAAUGUGGGAAUGAAUGGCUAUUACAUUGUGCAUUACGAGGAUGAUGGGUGGGAUUCUUUGACUGGACUUUUAAAAGGAACACAUACAGCAAUCAGCAGUAAUGACCGGGCCAGUCUCAUUAACAAUGCAUUUCAGCUUGUCAGCAUUGGAAAGCUAUCCAUUGAAAAAGCCCUGGAUUUAGCCCUGUACUUGAAACGUGAAACUGAAAUCAUGCCGGUGUUCCAAGGGUUAAAUGAGCUGAUACCCAUGUACAAGUUAAUGGAGAAAAGAGAUAUGAAUGAAGUGGAAACUCAAUUCAAGGCCUUCCUCAUCAGCCUGCUGCAGGACCUCAUCGACAAGCAGACUUGGACAGAUGAGGGCUCUGUCUCGGAGAGAAUGCUGCGGGGCCAGCUACUGCUCCUUGCCUGCUUGCGCAAGUACCAGCCCUGUGUGCAGAGGGCAGGAGGCUAUUUCAGAAAGUGGAAGGAAGCCAAUGGAAAUCUGAGCCUGCCCAACGACAUCACCAUGGCAGUGUUUGCGGUGGGGGCCCAGGACCCUGAAGGCUGGGAAUUUCUGUAUAAUAAAUAUCAAUCAUCCUUGUCUAGUACUGAGAAAAACGAGAUUGAAUUUGCCCUCUGUACCAGCCAAGAUAAAGAAAGGCUUCAGUGGCUACUAGAUCAAAGUUUUAAGGGAGAUGUAAUAAAAACUCAGGAGUUUCCACAUAUUCUUGCAACUAUUGGCAGAAACCCAGUAGGAUAUCCCCUGGCCUGGAAGUUUCUGAGAGAAAAUUGGAAUAAACUUGUACAAAAGUUUGAUCUUGGCUCACCUUCCAUAAGCCACAUGGUAAUGGGAACAACUAAUCAAUUCUCCACAAGGGCACGACUUGAAGAGGUAAAAGGAUUCUUCAGCUCUUUGAAAGAAAAUGGUUCUCAGCUCCGUUGUGUCCAGCAAACAAUUGAAACCAUUGAGGAAAACAUACGUUGGAUGGAUAAGAAUUUCGAAAAAAUUAGAGUGUGGCUGCAAAACAGAAAGCCCGAAUUGCUAUAACUGCUGAUUGCCGUGAGUCCUGUGAUCUGUAAUCACUAAAAGUAUGUCAAAUGUGGAAUAUUUUCAAUCUAGAGAUGACUCUUGGUGUCCACUAAAUGGUAACAAAUGGUAGAAUUUGUUCUACCAUUUCACUCUGUGACCAUAUCUUGAAGAAAAGCUGACUGCUCUUCCCCCCCCCUCCCCAGUGGGUUAUUGCUACCAUGUGUUUUUAUUCAUAGCAGUUGUUCCACAACCUACACAACCUAAACUCAAAUGGUACCUUCCCACACUACAGGGGACUAAGACCCAAAAAGUCCUCACUUAACAUCAUUGUAAGUUCUUAAACUGUACCUUCAAGAGAAAUAAUUAGAACCACUUUACCUAGGCUAAUUGGUGAAUAACAGGAGUUAAGUUUCUAUAGCAUAAUUUGUAAUCACAAAAACAUCACCAUAAUUCCAAAUACCCGAGCACUCCUAAUAUUAAGCAGUAAUUUGUAAAGUUCAUUUUCCAGCCUGUUGAUUCCAACUCAGGUUGGAAUCACCUGGCGGCUCAGAGUGCUUGAUGGGAAGCACACAGCCAGGAUACCCGCCAGUCACAGGGCACACUCACAGCCAAACCACACUCCGACUAGGACACAUUAGAUACAAAAAUGAACAUCAAAUGCAUAUCCCACAUAAAGUGUGAAGAAACGAGCACCCAGAGAACACCCACUCAGAAGUAGGGUGAAGGUGUGCAAAUUCCACUCAGAGGCCUACAUGGGGAAAUGAUCCCCUCCCUUCCCCAGGAAUGUUAUAACAAAAUGACAUUGAAUGAAGUGAGUAGGGACCAGCUGUACCUAUUCUCAUGUAACAUGUCAUGACUAAACCCUACAGGUUUCCUACAAGUUUGUUUUUCAUAAGAUGUUUCCUCCCUUUCCUUGGAAAGCUAACGAGAGCAAUGAGUACCUGCAUCGGUAACUAAGGCAGAACAGGCCUGUGCAGACUUCUUGUUCAUCUUUGCACCCUGCAGGGGGAAAUCAGAACUGAGAAGGGAGUAGAUGGGGCUGUCUUUUUUUCUUGCUCCCUGGCCUGUUGCCUACACUGGCACCCCCAUGACAGGCCACACAGCCUUCUCCAUCUCUGGGUUCUAGUAAAUAAUUCCUUCUUUCGUACCUUAGGGAGAAGUGGGAACCUGGCUCUAACUAGUCCUGUGUGUACAUGUGGUUUCCAUAGAUCCUGCUCAUACGUUUGUAAAAUAUCCAUCUGGAACUUUCCUCAGAUGAUCCUAAUUGAGUGGUCAUGUUUUCUCAGGGACAGACUCUGAAGUGUUCUCCUAAAAAAGGCAGAGUACUUUCAGUUCUAGAGAAACCUUUCAUAUGAUGUUGAACUUGAAAGUCUUAGGUAGGUGAAGUUUAUUUUCCCUGCACCAUAUUUGUUCUCAUUCAUAAUUUUCAAGUAACUGAUUGCUUACUUUUACCAAUAAAUUGAGUUAUAAUAAGGGGUAGUAUAGUAUGAAACUAAAAAGGUUUGUUUAUAUUGUAGCAAGGACAAUAUGUUGUUUUUGAAUUGUCUUAAUGUUUUGAAUGUUGCAAAAUGGGAAAAGGUCAGUGAGUUCCAAUACAUUGUACAAUGGACAGAAAUGCUUCCAAUUUUAAUACAUAUUGCAGGGUUUAAUGGCUUGAGAAAUAAAAAACAAAUUGAUUAUGCCUGGGCAUUUUCCUUCUUAAAAUUGUACAAAGCCAAGAUUCAUGUAAAAUGUUUUUAUUUAUAUUUUACACUUUGAUUAAUGCUUUUUCACUUGAUAACCAGAGGGGCCUACCUGCAUUUGCUUUUGGAAAGUCCAUUUUCUAAGACACAAUAUUGUCACAACAAUGUACAGAAACCCUUUUGGUAAUAAAUUUUGUUUACCUUUAAGUAGAUGUUUGUAAUUAUUUCCUCCUAAUUAAGCUGAUAUAACUAAUUUAGAUCUCUAGUUUACUCAAGCCAUUAAUUACCAGAAACAUUUCUACUAAAAUAUUUGGAGACCUUUAACUGUUUACUUUUUACAGGCACUAGUUAAAAUACUGGAUUUUGGUAAGUACUUAAAAAUACUUGUAUGAUGCAAUAAUAUAAAACACUUUAUACUACCCAAAUGGACAUUCUAGAUAGAUAAGGCAUUUUUAUUUCUCUAAUACUCUGAAAAGGUCUGUUUGGUUACCAGAACAAUGGCUUAUAGUUACUAGAUUUAGAGCUGAGUAACUAUCUCCAAUGGCAUAGAGAUAGCUUCUAGAAUUUUCUAAAAUCAGCACAUAUUUAAAGAAUUUCAAACUUCUCCCACUUUAAAUGCUAACAAAAUUUGCCUAUCAGUGUAACCUUUAUUCUUCCCCAUUAGACAGUAUUGCAGUCAGUCAGCUAAGAAAGGCUGUACUCUCUGAAAUAAAUUCCAAAUCAGUUUUAUAUUACCGAUCUUUCUGCAUUCACUAGCAGGAAAUAAAGAUGAAAUUAAAUAUUAAAUGCUAUCUACAGUAGCAGUACUGUAUUCAUAAACCAUUCAAAAUUAGGAUAUUAGAAUCGAGUUUUUAAAUUGCUGUGGGGGAAGGGAAAACAUUUAAAAUUGCAUAUGUAUUGUCUUGAAGGAGCAAUUUGCUUUGUACUAGGUAAGCCAGCUGGGUGCUGUGCAGUGCAAGGUCAGUGUGGAAGCAUCUCUCAGCAAAUCCUCAAAAAAGCACAGCAAACUGAGAUCAAGCCAUGUGAAGGUCAUUGUUUUAUUUCUUCUCGGAACUUGCUAUUCAGGAACAGUCUUCUGCUGACUUGAUUCAAGUCUCAGGAUUUCUGAUUAUAAGGUACAGAAAUCCUAACUCGUGGCAAAGAAGAGUUCACACUGAAAAGGGAUACAGUGCUUCCUGGUCUGUCCAGGUUAUUAAUUUAUUAUUAGCAGCCUAAGAGAAGAUAUGCGCUCAAUGUACAAUGUUUUUUUGACUUAUGAACAUUAACUCAAAGCGUUCAAAUGCCCAAGGGCAGGGCUAAUAA